AACCCAUACGUUGCUACUUAGUAUAUAUAUCUAUGUACCAAAGCAUGUUUAUAUGCUCUCUAUAACACAUGCAUUGUGUGUUUGAGGAAUAUUGAAGAAAUGGUCACGUCGCUAAAAUAUAAACGACGUGGUUUUAGAGCUGCAUUUUUCAUUGUUAACAUCUUCUCUUCACUCCUAUAUCCACACUGCAUGUCUGGCGCUCAUGAUCAACAACUAAAGAGGAAGGAAUCGGUUAUUGGUUCAGAGCCUCCCGCGUGUGGAAACAAGUGCCUGAAUUGCAAGCCUUGCCUUCCUUAUCUAUUUGACAUUCAUGGUGCUCAUGAUGAUGAUCGUGAACCAUACUAUCCGGUAAAGUGGAUGUGUAGAUGCCAGGAAAAGAUAUUUGGACCUCAAGAAUAGUAUCUAUACAUGCAUUAUGUAUGUAGUAAUUGUGUUGAUUGUCAUGGAUGUUCAUGAAUCCUGAUGAUCCCAUCAAUGAUGGUUCAUCGUUAUCUUUCGAGAUUAAACAAUCUUAUAAUAUGUAAACAUGUCCUCGUCUCGAAUUUUGCAUGUGUGUUCUUUAGAUACACAUCGGUAGAACCAAGUUUUUUAAAAUUGAAAAAUUAAUAUUUUUAUUUAGUGAAAACAAUUGUCCGACGAAAAUAGACAUAUUGGUGCGGAGUUUCUAAAAUGUCAAAAAAUUGUAUCUUUAUAGCACCUUUACUAGAUUAAUACCCGCGCCUUGCGCAAAAUAAACAUUAUA